AUGGAAGUCAAUGAAAACAAUAGUAAUAAUACGAUGAGUCAACUCUUGGCAAGAAGCAGUAAAAGUAAUUGGAUAGUUGCAAGAGGAUCAGAUCAAGACAACUCAAAUAGAAGGAAGUCCAGAGACUCUCCAAAAUUACUUAGCAUAUUUAUUAAUCAAGCAUUCAAACUUGCUAUGCCAAAGAAAUGUAAUUAUCUUAGUUGA